CCAUAGGUGGGGUGCCAAACCCAACUCCCCAAACAGACCGGUGCCCUAUACGACCAAAAAUUCACAUUUCGAGAAGCAAAAAAAUUUGAUCUUUUCGACUUGGGCAGGAUCUUGUAAGGUUUUAUCAUGGGGGAUAGUCAGUACUCAUUUUCUCUUACCACUUUUAGCCCUUCUGGAAAGCUUGUUCAGAUUGAACAUGCAUUGACUGCUGUUGGGUCCGGACAAACUUCUCUUGGAAUUAAAGCUGCAAAUGGAGUUGUCAUUGCAACGGAGAAGAAAUUACCAUCUAUAUUGGUUGAUGAAACAUCGGUCCAAAAAAUUCAGUUGUUAACACCAAAUAUAGGUGUUGUAUACAGUGGCAUGGGUCCUGAUUUCCGAGUUUUGGUUCGAAAAAGCAGGAAACAGGCUGAGCAGUAUCAUCGAUUAUACAAAGAACCAAUCCCUGUCACUCAACUUGUUAGGGAAGUUGCUGCUGUUAUGCAGGAAUUUACUCAGUCUGGUGGUGUUAGGCCUUUUGGAGUGUCCCUGCUGAUUGCUGGGUUUGAUGAUAAUGGACCACAAUUAUAUCAGGUAGAUCCAUCAGGUUCGUACUUUUCUUGGAAAGCUUCUGCUAUGGGGAAAAAUGUUUCUAAUGCAAAAACAUUUCUUGAGAAGAGGUACACCGAUGAAAUGGAGCUUGAUGAUGCAGUCCACACUGCACUAUUGACCCUGAAGGAAGGGUUUGAGGGACAGAUCUCAGCGAAAAAUAUUGAGAUUGGCAUAAUUGGCGCAGACAAAAAGUUCAGGGUAUUGACACCAGCUGAAAUUGAUGAUUAUUUGGGUGAAGUAGAAUAAAGUGCAAUGAAGAAAUCCUUAUGUUCCCCCCAUGUUGGUGUUUUUUUCGCGGUUGAGUUUAAUUGAAUUUCAAGAUGGGUUUUGCUUAAAUGAAAACUUUGAUGGCACAGUCGAAUUUGUGAGCUACUUGUGACCCAGCAUGCCUUCAGAAAAAUAUUUUCCCAAAGGCAUCAGCAUUUUAGCAUACAAACCUAGAUUGUUUAAAUAUAUGAUGUGGCGAUGACUUUCAAUGAAUAUUCUUCUUAUUUCCCCUCUUUA